UACUGCUAGUCAGCUUUGGUUUGGAACUACAUGCAGUAGGAUCAAAUUAUUAUGAUUCCGUGAACUGUGACUAGGACUUUAUUUCGUGUGGAACCUACAUCUGAUUUAAGUCUUGCAUUGCAAGGCAACAUAAUCUUCAGAAAUGCUUUAGUGGAUAUCAAUUAGGUUUACGUCUUUAUUCUAUCUGAGACUUUGAAUAUUUUUGCCAGAAGACUGAUUGUGGUUUUUAGGGUAACUCGGGGGUGUGAAAGUCAAGCACCACCUGAUUUUCCCUUAAAGUUCCGUUGGCACGAAAAUGAACAUAAUGCAAUUCAUCAAUGACUCCAGAGCGUCCAGUGCACUGAGACGGUGUGUUGUUUUCUGUACGUUGAAAUGAGUUAAAGAAUCGAUAAUUGUGAUUGAAGAAGCACCUCAAGUCGUGGAAAGUCUUUUAGCUCCGGUGGGGACUUAUCUAUUACGCACUGAGAUAUCAAGCUCGAGCAUCAUGACGACUGGAGGAAGUAUGAGCCAAGAUGGCUACGCAUCGGCCGUGGGAAGCUUGGACUGGCUGGAUGUAUCCUACAACCCGCUGCAACUAACUGAAAAAUUUAGGCUGCCAACCUUGGUUCGCAUCGGCGAAGGGCACUACGGCAACGCGGAUGAUACAUGUUUCUCGGCAAUGGAGGUUGUGAAACUGCAUGGUGUGCAGAGGGUGGACAUGGUCAUUGCACAAGGCUUGAAUGACAAAGAUGACCCAAGCUCUGCCCCGCCCAUCCGCAUCUGCCUACCCAGGGGGUUACCAAGUGUCUUCAACGUUCACCAAACCGAAGACGGCAACGACAAGGGCACGAAGCUGUACAAGAGCGUCCGACAGUUAUCCGAUGAUUCCCCGCAGUGCGUCGUUGUUUUAAAGAAACCUUUGCGGAGAGAUUGCGGAGUUGUCAAGGGGGACAUCCUCCGGACGAUCGGGAUAACGAUGUGCAACGGACUGUUUGAGCAAGGACUUAGGUGCCGAAAGCAAAGUGAACCGAAUGAGGAUGUCUUUUUGAACCUGAAGUGGAAAGGCCAGUACAGGACCAUAGCAGAUCCUGACGGCUACACUUUGGCAAAUUUAUUGUCCAAAAACAAGUUGCCAUGCAUGGUUAGCCUCCGAAGCCCAGAAGAUCACGUGUCUCAGCUGUCAGGCUCCAUCAGCAGCUUACUUCCACACCUAGAGCGCCCUCUUGUGCUUGAAAGGGAGAUCACGACCGAAUUUCUGGUCGGUACGACAAUCGGUGGUGGACCUUGUUCUUCUCCCAAAGAACGUUUUGGAAAUGAUGGCAGAAGUGUAUCGUCGUCACGAACACAAAAUGAACAGCAGCAGCCCGCCAUUGUCGUCCUGUCCAAGAAUGCAAAUGUCUGCUUCCAGAUAUGCCAAGAUAUGGUGCACCGUAGGAUUACCUACACGUCCCUUAUUGAUAUGUUUGGAGAGUGUAUGUUGGAUAAGAUACCAUUGGAACUGUUCAUCAGCGAAUACGCUGCACCCUUCGUCGCAUUCAUGAGGUCAGAUUUAUAUUUGGAAGCGCCGCCAACGGCAACCUCGAGAAAUUCACAAAGGUCUCAAUGGGGGCUAAGCCGGAGUACACCUGACCUCCCCUCAACUCUGAACGACAACGAGGAUAUGUUCCACCAAGAAAGUACGUCGGCGGACGAGGUCAUUCAUAACUAUGCCGACCCGGGAAUCGGGGCAAAGAGCCGGCGAGCCCUGCCGCCGUUGCCGAACGAGUCCCAACCCAGGAUCAGUUUUAUAGCACAACCACGUACAAAUACGUUGCCGGUGUCGUCUCUGAAAGUUAAUCAUGAAAAUGAAAUUGACCAACGAGCCACACGUCAACUAAAAGGUAUCAAUACUCAACUUACCAGCAGUUGGCCUAAAAGUAGAUCGACAACCCUCGGUCCCCUCAAGUUAACUCCAACGGACUACCCAUCACAAAUAGGGCUCAAACCGCUGCGUUUCAACCCGGUGUCUGUACCCCACACUGACCCACCUCCGGGGUUCACCUCAGAUUCGAUCGAGACCGGCGAGCGUAACCAAGAAGACCGGUUCCAGAGCCCGUCGUCCGAGUCGCCAGAGAGGCUCCCGAACAGGCGUGCGCCCCCUCCUCCUCCACGCACGACGACAGCGCGGAUGGUAAAACAAGAAUCCAUAUACUCUAACCUAGACUCUUCCUCUCCCCCUACCAGUCCUCUCCUCCCUGCUGCCCCUUCUCCCAACAAUGACGUCACCCUUCCAUCUAAACCUACCGGGGGAUCCCCUCCAGAGGUCGUGCCUCGCCGCGGAGGCGGCCUCAAAAAAGGAAGCCAUAGUUUAAACACGGACCAGAGACCUUCGACUGACCGCUUGGCGGCGCACUCUAUGUUCCACACGAUACCUCUAAAAAGGGGCAAAGAGUCACGCGCAAUCAGUGUUGCCGGGAGUUUGGACUCCUCUCAUGAUGACACUCAUGCCGACUACCUCCAACCUCGAAGGCCACGUGCGAUAGCAUCGACCAAGCCUGCAGCCUCACCAAGAACUGCUUCGUUUCGAUCGCACCAUCAUUCCACUGGAUUGCUCUUGGAUGACAUCGAUCUGUCGUAUGUGAAACCAACCAAGGAACGGAGCUCAUCGGAAUCUAAUCUUCAGAUCAGUGGUCUUCAAGCUACAUCCAUUAGGACAGUUAAAGACAUCCCACUGGACAUCGGAAAUCUCACCUGCUCCCAACUCAUGCAGUGUCUUCGCCUUCUAAAUCUCGACGAUCAGGUCGUGGAGCGAGUCCAACGGAGCCAGAUUAACGGGCCACUGCUGGCCCAACUCUCCGGGGCCACCGUCAAAGAAGAGUUGGCACUCUCGGACUUCGAGGCGGAGAAAUUUGACGCUUUCAGGCAGGGGUGGAGACCGGACGACAGCGAGGCUUCGUGAACUGAUGAAACGGUUCGGUUUUGGCCAUCUUCUUUUUGUAGGGUGUCGUGGCCGAGCGAAUAAGAGCGCCAAACUCAAAGUCACGUGAUUCUGUUCAGCAGAGUGUGGGUUCGAAUCCCGGUCGUGACACUUGUGUCCCUGGGCAAGACACUUAUUAGUUAUAAUUGCUUCUCUCCACACAGGCGUUAAAAGGGCACCUGUGCUGACAGAGAUUGUUGAUUGAUUUAGACUGAAUAGCGCAUAUUAUUAUUUUGUUUCACAGGCUGUAUACUCCCCGGGGAGCUGAGAUGGUUUAAGGAAUGAAUUUAGGCCCA